CUUACUUCAGUUCUUUUUUAAAUCCUGCGAACCCGAUGGCUAUCGCAGAGCGCUUGCAUUGCACGCAGCAACUCACAUAACCGCGCAUUCUGCAAUGCUCUGUCUGAUCUGCCUUCUUGCUACAGUUUUAACAAAGUUUUAAGAGUUCGCGUCACUUGGUUUGCGUCCUUGUCUCGUGGCCGAGGCUAUUGUCUGUGAGGUGAAGCGGAGCGCGGCAGUGCAAUGCGGUGUAGUGUCCAGUUACAAACAGUGCACUGUGCUGCUGCGAAGAGGCACCCCGACAGAAAUAUAUGGCUCUAGAGAGACGACCGAGAGAGAGAGAGUGUGAGAGAGAGGGGGGGGAGAGAGAGAGAGAGAUCUGAGAAAACUGCACAGUAGUCAGAGACUGACCCGGAGUUACUGGAUUUAGUUUUAAAUAGGAGAACGCAAACUGGGAUUACUCCACCUUUACCGUAUUUUUUCCCCCUGAGCCACAACAACACUCACCUUCUUCAGACUGGUUGAGACUUGCAGUUGUUCUCCUGCUAGAUGAAUAGGAGUAAUCGGAGACUUCACUAGAUCGUUGACAGCUUUGUGGGAGUUACCAGUGGCGCUGAUGUUAAGGCCGAGGCGUGUCUCUAAUGCGAUUAGCUCACGGCCCAACAGGAAGUAACCGACGCCCCACCUUCCCAUGGCUCCGCCCCCCGUGGGUCGCCUCUCCCUUACCCGGCAUGCGGUGCUGCUGCUGCACUGCAUGCUGGUCCUGUGGGCUGGGGGCGUGGUUGGCAGGAGAGGGCCGGUGCUGCUGCCUGAGUCGCCCUGUCACCGGGCAGAACACCCCCUCAUCUCACACACAGAUAUGGAGCCGUGGAUCCACAGGUUCCGGGCUGAGGGCACGGUGGAUUACUCCCAGCUAACCUUUGACCCCAGCCAGAACGAACUGAUAGUCGGAGCCAGAAACCACCUCUUCAGACUCAAUCUGGAGGACCUCUCGUUGAUCCAGGAGGCGGAGUGGCACUGUGAUGAGUUCACUAAAGGAGCCUGCUUCAGUCGGGGGAAGUCAGAGGAGGAGUGUCAGAAUUACAUCAGAGUGCUGCUGGUGAAUGGAGAUAGACUGUUCACCUGUGGAACCAAUGCCUUCACACCCAUCUGCACCAACCGCACUCUGACCAACCUGACAGAGAUCCAUGACCAGAUCAGUGGGAUGGCCCGUUGUCCCUACAACCCUCUCCAUAACUCCACAGCCCUGAUCACCUCCAGCGGAGAGCUCUAUGCUGCCACCGCCAUGGACUUCUCUGGCAGAGACCCAGCUAUAUACCGCAGUCUGGGGGGGCUGCCGCCUCUACGCACUGCACAGUACAACUCCAAAUGGCUCAAUGAACCCAACUUUGUCUCCUCUUACGACAUUGGGAACUUCACCUACUUCUUCUUCCGAGAGAACGCAGUGGAACACGACUGCGGUCGGACCGUGUUCUCUCGGGCUGCCCGGGUCUGUAAGAACGACAUUGGGGGCCGCUUCCUAUUGGAGGACACCUGGACCACGUUCAUGAAGGCGCGGUUGAACUGCUCUCGACCAGGGGAGAUACCGUUCAACUAUAAUGAACUACAGGGGACGUUCUACCUACCAGAGCUAGAACUGCUCUAUGGGAUCUUCACUACUAAUGUGAACAGCAUAGCAGCGUCUGCGGUGUGUGCCUUCAACCUCAGUGCCAUCACCCAGGUGUUUGGAGGUCCCUUCAAGUACCAGGAGAACUCUCGCUCCGCCUGGCUACCCUACCCUAACCCUAACCCUGACUUCCAGUGUGGUACCAUAGACUACGGCUCCUACGUGAAUCUGACAGAGAGGAACCUGCAGGAUGCCCAGAAGUUCCUGCUGAUGAAUGAGGUGGUUCAGCCGGUCCAGCCUGUCCCUUACUUUAUGGAGGAUAAUAUCCGCUUCUCCCAUGUAGCUGUGGACGUGGUGCAGGGCAAAGACAUGUUGUUCCAUAUCAUCUACCUGGCCACAGAUUAUGGAACCAUCCGUAAGGUCCUGUCUCCUCUGAACCAGUCCAUGGGCAGCUGUCUAUUGGAUGAGAUUGAGUUGUUUCCGCCCAGGAGGAGACAACCAAUCAGAAGCCUCCUGAUCCUUCACAGCAGCAGUGAGCUGUAUGUCGGGGUCAGAGACCAGGUCAUCAAGAUACCACUGAUGAGAUGCAACUUCCACAAGACCAGAGAGGCGUGUGUGGGGGCGAGGGACCCGUAUUGUGGCUGGGACCUGGUGUUGAGGAAGUGCACCACACUGGAGGAGAGCGUCAGCAUGAGCCAAUGGGAACAGAGCAUCACUAAGUGCCCUGUGCGUAAUGUGACGGUGGAUGGAGGGUUUGGGUCCUGGUCAGGCUGGGGGGCCUGUAGCAAUACUGAUGGAGGCAGUGCUGGGUCCUGUCUGUGUCGGACCAGGGCGUGUGAUAACCCCACACCCCAGUGUGGGGGUCAGUCCUGUCAUGGACUCAACGUGGAGGUGGCCAACUGCUCCAGGAAUGGAGCGUGGACCCCCUGGACUCUGUGGGCUCCCUGCAGUACCAGUUGUGGCAUUGGCUUCCAGGUCCGCCAGAGGUCCUGCAGCAACCCCACCCCGCGCCACGGAGGACGAGUGUGUGUGGGGCAGAACCGAGAGGAGAGGUAUUGUAACGAGCACCUGCCCUGCCCGCCUCAUGUCUAUUGGUCGGCCUGGUCGGCAUGGGAACGCUGCACGGUGCCCUGCGGAGGCGGCAUCCAAUCACGUCGCAGGACCUGCGAGAACGGCAACGAGUGCCCUGGGUGUGCCCAGGAGUACCAGUCGUGUAACACCCUCCCGUGUCCAGACCUGAAGAAGACCACCCCUUGGACCCCCUGGACGCCGGUCAACAUCUCGGACAACGGCGGUCACUACGAGCAGCGGUUCCGGUACACCUGUAAGGCCCGCGUCCCGGACCCUGCCCUGCUAGAGGUGGGCCGACAGAGGAUUGAGAUGAGGUACUGCUCCAGUGAUGGCUCCACUGGAUGCUCAACUGACGGAGAGCUGCUGCUGUCGGGUAAAAUCUCCGGCCACACUGUGAACGGAGGCUGGACAUCCUGGAGCUCCUGGUCUCAGUGCAGUAGAGACUGCAGCCGAGGGAUACGUAGCCGUAAACGGACCUGUACCUCCCCUGAACCACGCCAUGGAGGACAGACCUGCCUGGGACCUGCUCAGGAGUACCAGGAGUGUAAUGUCACACCCUGCCCAGUGGACGGUAGCUGGUCGUGCUGGUCUGGCUGGUCUAAGUGUUCAGUGACGUGUGGAGGGGGACACUAUAUGAGGACGCGCACCUGCAACAACCCCCCACCAGCCUACGGAGGAGAUAUCUGUCUGGGACUGCACACUGAAGAGGCUCUCUGUAACACACAAUCAUGUCCAGAGAGUUGGUCUAACUGGUCUGAAUGGUCCCAGUGUGACAGUGCUGGCUCCCAGCUGCGUGUCCGUCACUGUGACAUCCUGUUUCCUACUGGAAACCAGUGUUCAGGAAACCACACCGAGACCAGGGCCUGCCCACCUGACUCCAACUUUAUACCAGAAGUCUCCAUUGCUCGUUCAAGUCAGGAGGAGAGAAGAUGCGGAGAUUUCAACCUGUUCCAUAUGAUUGCUGUAGGCCUGAGUAGUUCUAUCAUGGGUUGUUUGGUCACUUUACUAGUGUACACCUACUGCCAGCGCUACCAGCAGCAGUCUCACGAUGCUACGGUCAUCCACCCCAUCUCAGCAGCACCACUCAACACCUCCAUCACCAACCACAUCAACAAACUGGACAAAUAUGACUCGGUGGAGGCCAUUAAGGCUUUCAAUAAGAACAACCUGAUUCUGGAGGAAAGAAAUAAGUACUUCAACCCCCAGCUAGCUGGGAAAACAUACACCAACGCAUACUUCACGGACCUUAACACUUACGAUGACUAUUAACCCUUCGUUGGGCUACAGCACCGGGGAUACACACCCUUGUGCAGACAACAACCCCACUCCACUCGCUUUGACUAUGUCAUAUUUUUUUCUGCUUUGUGGUUUCUAUUGUAAUUUGUGACAUUUUAUGUGGGACCCUCCUACUCUGGGACACUUAGGCAGCUGCCAUUCAAUCAAAUUACAGCCAGACAGUGAUGUCAUCAAAGGGACAUGCCCACUUUACUUUCCUUCAGGUGCUCUGAUGGGGUUCACUGGGAAUGUUCAACUUCGGAAAAACAAAAAACAACAAGAUCCUGACUUGACUCUCAAACAUGGAGACAACUGGAAUUUCGUUUUUUCAUGGAAGGAAUGGAAAAAAGUUUUUAAAAUUUAAAAAAUAUAUAUAAAAAAAUAUAUAUAUAUAUAAAUAUAUAUAUAAAAACAUAAACAGCUGUCUGAAUGGGAUGGAUCCCUCUUUCAUUUCCUGUGAAUUAUCUGAUUCCAGAACUGUGUCUGUUCUGGGGGAAGAAAACCACCUAACUGCUUUGCAUGAAUUCAUCUGACGUGUUUUUUCUGUCGCUCUGUUCAGUUUUGCAUGGUUGGUCACAUUCCACUCCACUGGUCUGUAAGUCCAAUAACGGCUUCGUCUAGAGAGAAGCUAUACGGACAUACCUGGUGCCCAAAUUGUUGACAUAUGUCGCGCAGCUGAGAGUCGAGUGAAGACAAACGGAUUCAGUUCAGUCAGUUGUCCUGAUGAGCCCUUCCCAGCUAGCUUGUUUGCUUGUGGCUAGAAACUUCAGCAAGAAUUUAAAACUUGUCUGCCGAAGUUGGGAUUUGGGAGUGUUCAGAAUCAUUCAGUUUUCAUAAUAAUAAUAAAUAAAUCAUGGAGACGUAAUGCCGUAACUGUAGAUGUACGGUGCUUUAGCUGUCCUCCUGGCUUGAUAUUAGCUACACUAUCUAGCUACUUCCUUCUCCUAACUGCGGCAAGCGGGAGCGAAGAACACUGCCCCGUGUUGUGUUGCCGGCUUGUAGCGCAAACUCUCCCAAAUGAGCAGUGGACUGUAUCACUGUGACAUCCAGAUGGUUACUACCAAUAUUAGUAGGACACUAUCCCACUCAAAAUAAAAAUCAAGUGGCAUGGUUAGGGUCAUUUGCACCGGCUUGUCGUUAUGUUACCUAAUUGGCAUGUCAUUGGCAUGACAUCCAGAUGGUGACCAAUAGCCUACAACUACUUUCUCCCUCGCCCAUCAAAAUAAACACAACUUUCUGUUACAAGUUGUAACUAGCGCCAUGCUGCUGCUGCUGCUAGCUAGCCAGCAUAAACUAUCUUAACGGGGAAGGGCUCAUCAGGAUGACUGACUGAACCGAAAUCAUUAGUCUCCACUGGACUCUCAGCUGCACAAUAUAUGUCAUCAAUUUGGGCACCAGAUGUGUCUGUAUAGCCACUCCCCUUCAUCUGCUGUGCUAGGGUCCUACAGCGUACCCCAAAUGGGGUGGCCUUAGUGAUGCCUGAUGAAUUUGACCCAACUACUAUGCUCAACGUUAGAUAGUCACGUGCUUAGCGUACCCAGGGUAGCUGUCACUCAAUAGCUACCCAGUUUUAGACUUUUGUUAAACCGAUCUAGUGCUUUUAACCAUCUACCUGUGACAGCUAUCGAUCAGAAUGUAGAUAUUUUAGAGAUGUGACCAUAUUUCUUUCUCUUACAGGGCUGGCGUCAGUUUAGCAGUUAGCAAUGGUUGAGAUAUCAGUGUACAAUCUUUUUUGCUUUUUGUUGAUGUUAUUGUACAGUGAGCUCAUUUAGAAGCAUAUAUAUAUAUGUCUCUGUAGCUUUUAUAGGUCCAUUUACUCAAUGUCAGUGUUAAAAAUAAUAAUUUUCUUUGUUUUUGCGAAGAAGUAAUGAGUUCAUGCAAGUAGAUUGGAUACAUUUGAAAGGAAAGAAUGGUCAGGAAUAUGUAACUAGAUCAUGCUUAAGCUGUCGUCAUAGAGGAGAGCGGGGGCAAUUGAAACACUUUUUAUAUUUUACUCUAUUGCUCAGAGACAACCUGAGCUAGGCCAGUCAUUUUUAUAUAUCAGAAACUAACAUUUGUCUCCUAAUCAUUCAUACCAUUUAUAUGUCUGUACAUAAGAUGGUUAGAUCCCAAUAUAGAUUUUAAUCAGAAAAGUCCUGUGUCAGGGGCAAUUGUAAAAGUGGCAGGGGUCAAAUGUAACACCUAAAAAAUAACCCAAAUAUCAUGAUAAAUGAUCGUAUUAUCACAGACAUAUGUAAUGAUUUUGCAAUAAAUAUACAUAUUCUAUGUAAGUAAUCAAUAUUUACAGUAACACCCUGUGCAUGGCCAUUCAGUUCAUCUCCAAACCUCUUGAAUAGUCUGAUAGUGCCCAGAUUAUAUAUUUUUACAACUUAUAUGGCACUCUACAUAGGAUCCAAUGUUAGUUACUAUUUGUAAUAAUUAUUUUAAAGGUUGAGUAAGUAAGACUUUUCUCCACAAAUGUCCCAACAUUUAUAUUAUGCCGUAUGUAAAUAGUUUAUGAUUAGUGAAUGCCAUAGUGUAGUUACUUUGUUAGAUGCUUCUCCCUAUUAGCUGCAAUCUUCUUUUUUUCAAAGCCAUUUUAGCGAUCACCCUAGCUGUUCGGUCUGAAAACAUUUACAAAUCAUGGGAAUUUAUCACACUAUGAUGUCGACUCCUUCCGAGGCACGUGUUGAUAGGAAACCCCUCUGCACUUGCCAUGGCAGGCCUGCUCCCUCCAUGCUUAAAGCCAGUGUGAGAAACAUGCUAACCAGCAUUUGUGCAAUGAAACUAAACAACUACAAAACUUAUUUGCUAAAUUCAUGAUAGUGAUGUUGGACAAAGCAAGGAGGGUGAACUUCAAAACGUAAUAUAGUUUCAUUGGAAUUUGCAGCUGUUGUUGGUAAGUAAUGAAUCCGCUACCUUUGACAUGACUUACCUUAUCCAAGUUAAAAUCACUUGUUUUCAUAAGUUGUCUUCUUGGCUCAGGGUAAUUUUAACAUUGUAUUGCAAUUACCCCAAACCCUAGCAGACAUGACAAAACCUCAUGUGCCUAACAAAAGACAACAAUAGUGACACAUGUCAAUGGUGAGCCAACAUAUAGUAAUGCAAAUGAUGCUAGUUUGAAUUCUUGGACAUUAAUGCUCAGGACAGUAUAAGAAAAAUACAGCUGCUGGAAAACAAAUACUUUCACCCCUAAACAAACAUUUGCCAAUAAAGUGUGAAACUAGUGAGAUAUUUGGCUUUUCAAGCAGGGAGAGAACCAAAAUGGACAUGUGCUGAGGGAUUUUGAAUCAUUCUAGCUGAUUUCUGUGUGGAGGAAUUCAAGGUGUUACAGUUGCCACUGGUCUCCCCUACUUUGUAUAGUUUUUAUAAUUUUGGAAUUCAUAAUUUUGAAACUGUUUGUUCACAAUUGUUGAUUUGGCUAUGUGGCUUAAUGAAUUUAUUCUGUCUGGGGUAACAGACAUGGAGAUAGUGCUUUACAAACAUCCUUCUCCAGAACCUGAAGUGGUACUUUUCAAGGUGUAAUAUCUCUGUUUUGUUUAAAGAUGAUGUACAUCUAUAACUGAGUGAAAUAUUCAGUAUGUUGGUUUCUUCAAUGUUUUCAAUUGUAACUAACUAUUUUUUUAUAUGUUUGCUUGUUUUAUUGUGCAUAAAUUAAAAACCGCUUGGUACACUU